AUGGCGAGGAAGAGCAAGAACAAAAAGAAAGGGGGCCUAAGUCCAGGCGUCCAGACACCAAGAGCACCGGAAGCCCACCCAAAGCCGACCAUCCGGUCAACGAGUAAUUAUAGUCACCACAAUGAGCCCGCAUCACGAGCCAACCACGCUGCAGAUGGCUUCACGCUCGCCGACGAAGCACGACAGACCAGUCAACACGACCACUCCUUCUGGAGCCAGGCCACAAAACUCCGGCUCAUGCCCAUCUCGUUCAUAAGUGCCGGAAUGAGUGAGCCACUUAAAGCGCAGCAAUACACAGAAACAGACGAGUAUCAAAGCGACACCACACCGAUUAUCAAUGCACCGAAAGUGGAAAUAGAAGCAGAUCAACACCAAAACGAGGUAUCAAGAUGCAGCGUAGCAUCUGGACAGGAAGCUACGCCGAGCAGCGAAGCAGCUGAGCCAGAGAAUAACUUCCUUUACUAUGAUACUGGCCGCGGCUCGCCAGUCCCGAACCAAACAAGAAGCGAAUUAUCGACACCGCAAACACAAAAACAAGCAAUAAUCGACACAGAGAAAAGUGACAGCGAAGGUGAAAUCAUACUAUUCAAAGGCAGAUUAAACACCAAAAACGACGCCAUCGACAUGGAGGCGAUUCGUACGGAAAUACACGUGGUUGAGCAACAAAUAGAAAGAAAUCCCGACAAGCUGACGGCAAAAAAUCGACGUGGGAGAAGGGGUGGCAGGCAAGCGAAAGCAAAACGAGCCGUAAUAGAUGCCGCAGAUGAAGACGACGGGAUGCUAGCCGACUACAUUGCGAAUAUGCGCGAAAAUGACGAGUUCUGUGGUCUGCUACAGACUGCAGCAGUCACAAUAGAGACAGAUGACCAGAGCGAAGGCAGUGAAGAUUCCAGUGACGACGAAAAUGACGCAGCUGAGUCCCCGGCUGAAGCUAUCAUCGCGACGCAGCUGAAGCAACAUACCCCAAGCUGGACUUCAGGAGAAAGCGGCAUGGAGUAUACCGAUUUCGACACGAUGGACUGGGAGCGUCCGAGUCUUCGGCAAAAAAAGGGCAAGGGUGCAAAACAGAAUCUAGAUCUUAGGUUCGCCGACCUCGACCCUGAGACAGAACGCAGACUUCAAGCAGCAUGGCACAGUGACCGCCUCAGAAAGGCCGAACGGAAGAAAGAGCGUGAGCAGCUACGGGCGCUGAAUCUGAUAGGGAAGAAAGGCGGAAGCAGUGACACUGAAGAUCUGCGCAUCAAGUAUCCAAAAGGGAUGAGCCUUCAGCAGAUUGCAGACGAGCUCCAGAAAUUCCUCAUGAGCAUUGAUGACAGUAUAUGCUUGCCACCAAUGGACAAGCGCGCUAGAAAGAUGAUACACGAGCUGGCCAAUAAAUUCAACGUGAAGUCGAAGUCUAUUGGCAAAGCCGACCAGCGCCGACCGACACUGUAUCGCACCAAGCGUACGCCAAACUUUGACGAAGAAGUCUUUGACCUGGCUGUCAGACGAAUCCAGCGUCGAUACUUUCCCCGGCUCGAUUAUAAAGGCAAGAGCUCGCGGGGCCAAUCUUCGCGCAACGGAUAUGCCGAAGCAAGCUACCGUGAUGGCGAGAUUGUUGGAGCGUCUGCUCCAGAGCUCAGCACGGAAAAUCGCGGCAGAGCCAUGCUCGAGAAGAUGGGAUGGAGUACUGGAACGGCGUUGGGCUCAGCAGACAACAAGGGAAUACUUCUUCCUGUCACGCAAACCAUGAAGAGAUCCAAAGCGGGACUGGGUUAA